CCCAGACAGACAGAAAAUAGAAAAUUUAAACUUGAGAAAUUGCUCUUUGAUAAGAAUCUAUUUUUGUAUAUAUAUUUUUUAACGAUUUUAAUUUAAAACAAUCACAGUAAGGUACUUAAUUGUUGCCCAGAAAUGAUUAGAUAAUGAGAUUAAAACGGCUUCAUUGGACCUUUUUAAAUUCAGCUUCAGUCAUAUGGUGGAUAGCUGUAGGUUGGUACACUCUUUUGGGUGGGGAGAGAUGGUCGAAAGCCAUUAUAGGAGAUAAUCAUAAAUGUCUGACCAUCCAGCACCGUCUACGAGUGCGUCAAGAGGGUAUUUUUGUGGAGUAGCACUUAUGAACGUGGUACCUUCAGGCAUUUGGAAAUUUCUCCCAAGGAUGAACCAGGCUUGUGGAGGUCUACACUUUUUCUUCUGAGAUCUUGGCUGAUAUCUUUUGGUUUUCCCAUGAUGUCAAGCAAAGGGGCACUGAGUUUGAAGAUAUAUGGAGGAUGGGAAGACUGCUUCAACUACUGAUAUUGGCUUUGAUACUAUUGAUCUGCAUUUAUGUAUUAUUUGUAUGUCAAUUCAACAGGUGCCUACUGAAUGUGUCACCCUCCAAUCAUCUCAAAUACAACCACACUAGCUUCACAAGUCAUAGUGGAAUCACCAACAGGACAUUUACACCAACCAAUGACUCCUUAAUAAGUAAAGAGGAAUGGGAAUCUCUGCUCACAAAGCUACAAUGGUCAUUACCGCCUGUUGUCCUCUUAUCCACAGAUGAGGCCACAAACCCCACUAAGUGCUCAUUCUCUGUUGUCAACCCCAAUUCAACCCACACAGUUGGAGGGUUUAUAGAUGUGAUUUUGAUAGCUAGAGAUACUAAAAACAGGAUCAAAACCUAUGGAGGGGACUUUUUUCAGGCCAAGUUGUUUAACUCAGAACUUAAGGCCAGUACUUAUGGAGCUGUAACAGACCACUUUAAUGGCACCUACACUGCCCGUCUGGCCCUGCUUUGGCCUGGACCUGCCAAGGUGUCCAUCCGCCUAGUGCACUCUAGCGAGGCCGUGCAGGUACUGUGUAGGCAAAGGGAACAGGACCCAGAUAAGGUCUACUUCCAUGGCUACUUUGAGGAGGGUGGCAAGCAGGAAACGGUGAUGUGCAAUGCCCAGAGAAGUCCUCGGCUGGUGGGGAAUGACACACAGUGUUGCUGUGAGUACAGAGAGCCAGUCACUGGGGAGACCUGGUUCUGUCGUCGGCCAUCUUCCCUGCCUUGCCAUGCUUUGACCUACCACAGCAUGGGCGGUUACCAGGCAGUACUCUCCAAGGUGGAAACGACCCUUCUAAAGAGUUCCACAAACAUUAUUGUACCAGGUGACGAUUCAGCUAUCGAUGUCCAGCAACAGGACACUGAAAUCCGAUCACAAACAAAAUGUCGUCCUGGUUUGCACACCUCAGUACCAGCUGGAUUCUACCUCCAGGAUCACUGGACAUCCCUGGUGUGUGACUCAAAAUCCUUUCCCUCAGCUAAACUGAUAUCUGGAUGCCUGAAGGACAAACAGAUCCUUAUGAUGGGUGACUCCACUCUCCGUCAGUGGUUCGACUACCUGGAGGAAACUGUGCCAACAUUGAAACGCCUGAACCUUCACACAUCAAGCAAAUCGGGCCCCUUUGAGGCAGUCGACACCCAGUCCAACACCCGUAUUAUCUGGCGGGCCCAUGGGAUACCUAUACGGACAAGCAAGACCCCCUGGGCUGACCUUCACUACAUCGCCAGGGAGGUGGAGGGUAUGGCAGGGGGUGCACACUCUGUAGUGGUCUUCACCAUCUGGGCUCAUUUCACCACGUACCCACUGGCUAUGUACGCACACCGUCUGGUCGUCAUCCGCAGGGCUGUGGCGUCGCUCCUUAGUCGAUCUCCCACUACUCUGGUAGUGAUCAAGUCAGCCAACACGGGCUACAAGGAUGUGUAUGGCAGCGACUGGCUCUCCUGGCAGCUCGACAUGGCACUCAGGGAAAUAUUCAGGGACUUGCCAGUGGUCCUCAUCGACGUUUGGCAGAUGACCUCCUGCCACUAUUCUCCGGACAACAUUCACCCGCCCUCUGUGGUGAUCCAAAAUGAAGUGGAUCUCUUCCUGUCCUUUGUUUGUCCACAGUGAAAAAUGUUGUAGUCAUGCCUGUAAUAACAUUGUGCCUUCCUGUAUACAAAAUGCUGUCUCCGAAAGGAAUCUACAGUAUAUUGGAAAGGGGAUUUUAAUUUUUGGAAAAUAAUUCCUUUAAAAACUUUGCCUUAUUCAAAAUGAAUGUAAAGCUUUUCUAACUGGCCUUAUUUUAAAAUAAAAAACUACUUUAACUUUGAACACUUGUCAAAACUAUGGCAAACCACAGAGCUCAAAGUUUUCUUUACAACCAAAAUCCCCUCAACCUUUAUCAUUUCUGUUUCUCACACAUUUCUGAGAAUAGCAUAACUAUUAAUAUCCACAGAGAAUCGAUUCAAGAGAAGUGCUGAUACCCAGUGCUCCUAGUUGUAUUUUAAGCAUUUAAUGAGAUUUUAAUUUAAAUUUUAUUUAAUAGAUUAUUAUUGACACUUACUACAGAUUAUGUGAAUUUACUUUUAAAUACAUUAUGUGCAAUUGAGAAGGACACAUGAGAUUUGCAGUAAGAAACUCGUUGCAGGUUUUGAAAAUCAGUGUUUUACUUUUAAUCUUACCCAGUGAUGUCACGAAUACCUUUUAUUUUUAUCCACAGAUUAUAGAAAAGUGACACAAUCUAUUGUUUGUUUACUCAGUACUUUGUUGAAGCACCUUUGGCACUGAUUAGUCUUAAAUAUUCUUGGGUAUGGCGCUACAAGCUUGGCACACCUGUAUUUGGGGAUUUUCUCCCAAUCUUCUCUGCAGAGCCUCUCAAGCUCUUGUCAGGUUGAAUAGGGACCAGUUCUUAUUCUCUAAUAAGAGUCCCUCAACUUAAACAUUCAACAGGAAGGAACUUUUAUUAAAAACAAGAACAGUUUCUAUGUCUUGGCUUGUCUUUGUCAAUAAUUUUUCUUCUAAGCAACCACACAUGGACAACACAACAUGGACUUGUUUGUGGUCAAAUAAAGGCAGUUCCUUAAAAGUUUGGCUGCAACCAUUUUUGACUGUUAUCUUUCUCAGCAGACAACUUCCUCUGUACGCCAAAGAGAAAUUGUUUGUUUAACGGCCCAAUAUAUUUGGUACAAAAACUCCACAAAGCAGUGGUGUAAAGUACUUAAGGAGAAAUGCUUUAAAGUACAACUUCAGUAAUUUUGGAAGUUACUUAGACGUUUGGCGACAACUAUUUUUGAUGGUUUUCUUUCUCACUCCUUCCUUUUCUUUCUCACUUUCUCAGACCACUUCCUCUGUAUGCCAAAGAGAAUGUUUGUUUAAAGGCCCAAUAUCUUUGGUACAAAAACUCCACAAAGCAGUGGUGUAAAGUACUUAAGGAGUAAUGCUUUAAAGUAUUACUCUUCAUUGUAAUCUGAGGGCUGAUAUAAAUACUAUGCAUGCCAGUCUCUCUUGGUUAAGGGUUGAGAGACUGACUGCAUCUCUUCUUCUUUUUAUAAGAAAAUGAAUGUGUUGAAAAUCACAAAUUGUUUGCAUAGCCAACUUACACACAGCUCUGACACACACACUUUACCCACCAGACAUGCCACCAGGGGUCUUUUCACAGUUCCCAGGUCCAGAACAAAUUCAAUAAAGCGUAGAGUAUUAUAUAGAACCACUAUUGCAUGGAACUCCCUUCCAUCUCAUAUUGCUCAAGUGAACAGCAAACCUUGUGUCAAAAACCAGAUAAAGCAAUACCUCGCGGCACAACGCCUCUCCCCCUAUUUGACCUAGAUUGUGUGUGUAUGUAUUGAUAUGUAGGCUACGUGUGCCUUUGGUAUAAAUUAAUUAUGUAGUUCUGUUCUUGAGCUGUUCUUGUCUAUUAAUGUUCUGUAUUAUGUCAUGUUUCAUGUUUUGUGUGGACCCCAAGAAGAGUAGCUGCUGCUUUUGCAUCAACUAAUGGGGAUCCUAUUAAAAUCCCAAAAUGCCAAUGCAGCCAUUUUUAUCUCAAUAUCAAAUAAUUUCUGGAUAACAAUUAAUCCUGUGAUUAAAAAAAUUACAUCUGAACAAUGAGCAAUUUUUCAAGCAAUAAUUUUGCUCUGACUUUCAAAUAGCAUCUUACAUACACUAAAAGGGUGUUAUCAUAAUUGUCGCAGUAAAUCACUGGGCCUUUAAAUGAAUACCAUGGUCUUAGCUUGUCUUAACAUAUUAGAUUAUAGUGAUAGGGGAAGAAUCUAUACAGUUGCAUUUCAUAAUAUUAUUUUGACGAUAUAUCAUAUCGUAUCGUUUUGACUAUCGCAAUAUUAUUUUUGCGCUGUUGGCUAUACCUGCACCAAAGCUCCAGUAUUUUGCCUUCAUAGUUUGUUCUCCAUCUUCUUUUUAAAUAGGGAGACAAUUUGUUUUCAGCACUUUUAUUUCCAAUACUGAUCAAAAAACAGUUUUCUCAUGGCUCUUGUCCCUCUGGUAUCAGGAUAAAUAUGACAAUGAGUCACCGAUUUUAUGCUAUGUAUUUUUUAUUAGCUAAGCAAUGUGCAAUGUGCCUCCCCCAACUCAUUGCACAGGUCCUGUCUUCAUGUUAUUCUGUAUUUUUCCAUCAUGAGAAAGGCCAUGGCCCUGAAACUGUUAACAAUGUCUCAAGUCAGCUAUGUUGCAUAACACAUACAUCCACACAGGCUAAUUUUAUUUUAUGUUAAAGGGUCAGUGUACAUUUAUCACAGUUGUGUGUGUGUAUCUUUUGGCAGGGUAUUUAAGAAAUAUUUUGGGGAGACAAUUUGGAGAAACACGAAUGUAAGACAUGAAACAUCCAGACAAAUUAUUUGAGUUUGAGGGGAUUAUCAUAAUUAUUAGGUUUUGUUUUUGUAGUAAAUGUUUUUUGGAUUAAGGGGAUUUCCAUGUUCCGAGAGACAUGAUAUCUUACACUCACAUAUGAAAUAUUAUAUGUUUUUAUUUUCUGAGUCUUAAUUAAAUAGGUGAAAUCUUUUGAUAAAGGAAUGUUGUUUAAUAUAGUAAGGAACACUUCUUUGGAGGGGUGGUAUGUGUAGUAUCUGGGAUCUACAUCUGUUUAUAUUAGUUACGGUGCUGUUACUACGCAGUAAUGCAUUACGGCAGUGUUACGUUACUACACCUAAUAGGAAAUGCACAUGCUCACUGGGGUGCUGGGAACUGUAGAGCACGAGGGGUUUUGACUAAACGAAAACUAACUGUA